AUGGAGAAACCACAAACUGACAGGACUGGACUCAUUCAGGAUGAGAAAGAGCUGCUUUUACAGAAUAAGGAACCUGCCAAAGGCGGUGGCACAAGCUCCAUGACACAAGCAUCAUUAAAUUUUAUCAACUCGAUUAUUGGAUCUGGAAUUAUUGGUCUGCCAUACUCACUGGCUCAGGCUGGCCUUCCUCUGGGACUGCUGCUGCUUUUUCUGGUUGCUUUUAUUACAGACUACUCAAUCAUCUUGUUAAUAAAAGGGGGGAACUUGUCAGGGACAAAAAGUUAUCAGGCACUGGUUCAAAGCACUUUUGGCUUUGCUGGAUAUCUGAUCUUAUCAGUUCUGCAGUUUCUUUAUCCUUUUAUUGCAAUGAUAAGCUACAACAUCAUCACUGGUGAUACUUUGACCAAAGUGUUCCAGAGAAUACCAGGAGUCAGUCCUGAUCAAAUUUUGGCAAACAGGCACUUUGUUAUUGGAAUCUCCACUAUUUUCUUCACAUUUCCUCUGUCACUGUACAGAGAUGUGGCCAAACUGGGAAAGGUGUCAUUAGUGUCCAUGCUGCUGACUCUGGCAAUCGUCAUCAUUGUGGUUAUAAGAGCUACAACACUGGAAUCACAAAUCCCCUUAUCUAAGGAUGCAUGGGUGUUUGCACGGUGGGAUGCAGUUCAAGCAGUUGGUGUCAUGUCUUUUGCCUUUAUCUGCCACCACAACAGCUUCUUGAUCUAUGAGUCGCUCAAGGAGCCCACUCUUAGUAACUGGACACGGGUCACACAUGUGUCUGUGGGUUCAGCAGCCCUAGUCAGUGUACUGUUUGCUGCUGCCGGCUAUGUUACUUUCACUGUCUACACACAAGGUGAUCUGUUUGAAAACUACUGCAAGAAUGAUAACUUGGCCACUUUUGGUCGGUUCUGCUAUGGACUGAGUAUAAUCACCACUUUUCCUUUGGAGUGCUUUGUGACACGAGAGGUGGUGUCAAAUGUAUUUUUUAAUGGACGACUUAGCAACACAGCCCACAUCUUGAUUACCUUGCUGAUAGUUUUAGUGGUUACAGCAAUAUCUCUCUGUUUUGACUGUCUUGGGGUUGUGCUGGAGUUGAAUGGUGUUCUGAGUGCCACACCACUGCUUUUCAUCCUUCCAUCAGCCUGUUUUCUGAAGCUCUCUGGUGGUCACUGGUUUCAGAGAAAAAAUCUUAUCCCAACCCUUAUUCUUCUGGUUGGGGGUUUUGUUAUGAUCAUUGGUUUGAUCAUGACAGGGCUGUUUCCUCAGGACUGUUCCCAUGGAAAGGAAAUGUUCUACUGCACAAACUUGAACUAUACUGAUCCAUUAAGCCCUACUCCAGCAAUAAAUCUGCUACCAAUCAUAAAUUCUACUCAAAACAGUAGCAUUUUCUAA